UACAACGACGGCAACAAGUUUUAAUGUUCCUUUUAAUAAUGACCGGGACACGGCUGGUAGCUCUGCUGAUUAUCUUACCGUUUGCUGCGGGAGAGCAUCAUCUCACCUGCCCUCAGACGAUAGAGGCAGCAGAAGGAGAAGACGUCAUUAUACAGUGUGGUCUGGACCCCCCCGUCAACUUGUCUGACCACACGCUGGAUGUGGCGAGAGAGAGAGAUGACCAUGAUAACUAUGAUGAUGUCUACGCCUAUCGAAAUGGAAAGGACCACCUGGAUGACCAGAUGGAUCGAUACAGAGGCAGAACAACUCUCAACCAUGAAGACCUGAUCAGAGGAAACGUGACGCUAAAGAUCUCCUCAGUAAAUCUUUCCGACAGUGGAAAGUACAAAGUCUUCUUCCCAGACCUGACAGCCCCUUCUUUUAUUAACGUCAAUAUUGUUUCCAAAGACCAAGCAAACAGGACAAAGAGAACUGAUUCCAGCACAUCUGGACCUCCAGUAGAAGUGACCGAGUCAGACCAUCGGGGGGGCUCUGCAAAGGAGGAAUCUGUCUGGAAAAUAGUGCUGGCCAGUGUCUGUGCUGCUGCUGCUGCUGCUGCUGUUGUUGCUGGUGGUGUUGUUCUUCUCCUGGUGAAAUUUGGAGUCAUCCAGAUCUGUAAGAAGACAAACAACUUUACGAUGAGAUACCUGAGGCCCCCGACGACAGAGGAGGACGGAGACCCACCCAGCGCUGCAGAACACGGUCUGAGAGAGUUGGUGGUCCGAGACCAUACGCAGUCAUCCCCUCAACCAUAAAAACACAUCAAACUUCAAAAGUGUGACACCUUCUGUCCUUUGGCCUUCGAUUCAGAUUAGAAAAAAACUCCGAGGAGGGAUUCUACUCCCUGGGUGGAUAGAUGAAAUAGAUGUCAUGUGUACAGAAUGACCAAAGAAAUUAGCCAUUAAAGGUCUUUACAGACAAACGGGAGAAUCUUAAAAUCAAAUCUGAACUGUAACCAUGGUAAUGAUCAUCUC